GUGCACGGGGUCCUUGCACGAGCCAUCUCCUCUCCUCCUCCCUGCGAGUUGCUGGGCAGCCUAGCGGCAGCAUGUGGGCCAACAAACUCCUGCCGGUCCUGCUGCUCCAUCUGCUGCUGCUGCUUCCCAUCACCAUCCCUUUGGCAGAAGGCAAAGGGAAAAGGAGAAAUGCUCUUCAUGACUUCAGAAAGACAGGCGAGACUAUGCUAAUUAGAUCAGACCUAUCACUAGUGGGAAAAACCAAGCUGUUAAACACCACAGAGCAAUGUGCCAAGAGAUGCAGCAGGAAUAAAGGCUUUUCAUUCCCUUGCAAGGCCUUUGCUUUUGACAAAGCUACGAAACGAUGCCAUUGGUUCUCUUUCAAUAGCAUGACGAAUGCAGUGAGGAAGAAGCAAGACCAUGCGUUUGAUCUAUAUGAAAAGAAAGACUACAUUAGAAACUGUAUCAUUGGGAAAGGCGCAAACUACAAGGGAACAAUAUCUGUUACCAAAAGUGGCAUCCAGUGUCAGGCAUGGAAUUCUAUGAUACCCCACGAACACAGCUUUUUGCCUUCGAGCUAUCGGGGUAAAGACCUACAGGAAAACUACUGUCGGAAUCCCCGUGGAGAAGAAGGAGGGCCUUGGUGUUUUACAAGCAAUCCAGAGAUACGCCAUGAAGUCUGUGACAUUCCUCUCUGUUCAGAAGUUGAAUGCAUGACCUGCAAUGGAGAAAGUUACAGAGGGCCAAUGGAUCACACUGAAUCAGGCAAGGAAUGCCAGCGCUGGGACCUUCAGAGACCACACAGGCACAAAUUCAGACCAGAGAGAUAUCCUGACAAGGGCUUUGAUGAUAAUUACUGCCGCAAUCCUGAUGGCAAGCCGAGACCAUGGUGCUACACUCUUGACCCUGACACCUCGUGGGAGUUCUGUGCAAUUAAAACGUGUGCUCAGAGCAUUGUGAACAUCACUGAUGCUGCCGUAGAAACGACAGAGUGCAUCAAGGGGCAAGGUGAGGGCUACCGAGGUACCAUGAACACCAUAUGGAGUGGAGUCCAGUGUCAGCACUGGGAUUCCCAGUUUCCUCACCAGCACAACAUCACUCCCGAAAACUUCAAGUGCAAGGAUUUAAGAGAGAACUACUGCCGAAAUCCAGAUGGAUCGGAGUCACCUUGGUGUUUUACUACUGACCCAAACAUUCGGAUUGGUUAUUGCUCCCAAAUACCUAAGUGUGAGGUGUCAAGUGAACAAGAUUGCUAUCGUGGGAAUGGCAAGAAUUACAUGGGGAAUUUGUCUAAGACAAGAUCUGGGCUAACUUGCUCCAUGUGGGACAAGAAUAUUGAUGACUUAAGGAGGCACAUACCAGUAUUCAGGGAACCAGAUAUUAGCAAACUGAAGAAAAACUACUGCCGCAAUCCAGAUGAUGAUGCUCAUGGUCCCUGGUGCUACACAAGCAAUCCUCUCAUUCCCUGGGACUACUGCCCAGUUUCUCGAUGUGAAAGUGAUACAACUCCUACUGCAACCAAUAUAGACCAUACUGUCAUUUCUUGUGCCUCAACCAAACAUUUGAGAGUUGUAAAUGGAAUCCCAACACAAACUAACGAAGGAUGGAUGGUUAGUUUGGUCUACAGGAAUAAACAUAUCUGCGGAGGUACUUUGGUAAAGGAAAACUGGGUUCUAACAGCAAGACAAUGUUUUCCUUCUCGGUACAAAGAUUUGAAAGACUAUGAAGCCUGGCUUGGAGUUCAUAAUAUCAAAGGAAGAGAAGAGAAACAUAAACAAGUUCUGAAUAUCUCCCAGUUGGUGUAUGGACCUGAAGGGUCUGAUUUGGUAUUAUUGAAACUUGCCAGAGCUGCAGUAUUCAAUAAUUUUGUGGAUCUAAUCAGACUGCCCAUUUCUGGAUGUACCAUUCCAGAGAGGACCACCUGCAGUGUUUACGGAUGGGGACACACAGGAUUGAUUCAAUUUGAUGGCCUGCUCCAAGUUGCAAACCUAUUUAUUAUGGGAAAUGAGAAGUGCAACCAAUAUCUCAAAGGGAAGAUUACUGUGAAUGAGUCAGAAAUCUGCGCUGGGGCUGAGGGCAUUGGCACUGGACCGUGUGAGAGGGAUUAUGGUGGCCCCUUGGUCUGUGAACAAAACAGGAUGAAAAUAAUAGUGGGUGUUAUCGUUCCUGGCCGCGGAUGUGCCAUUCCAAAUCGUCCUGGGAUUUUUGUCAGAGUGGCAUAUUACUCCAAGUGGAUACGCAAAAUCUUGUUGACGUACAAAUCUGAGUUAUAGCUGAAUAUUUCCCACAAAAGCACCAAUUCCAUACACAUGAAGAUUUCAGAGAGCAUGAAAUUAAUGUGUAAUGUAAAGAUCCAUGAUUUUUUAAAAAACUACUUGAUAGUCAAGUUUCUUGAUCUUCUAUUGAUAUUUAUGGGUGUUUUCUAAAGAUUUUGUCUAUCAGUGUUUUAUAGAUGUUGAAGUGAGCUACGGUAUAUGCAAGUAUGGUGACAUAUCUCCUGAAGAUACUUGAAUGGAUAAAAAAAAUUGCAAAGAUACUAUUGCUGAAUGCAGAAGUGUUUUGUGGAAAUAGCUCAUGUAGCUUCUUUAGGCUGCUUCUCCAGAUCAGCUUGUACAUGAGAAACAAAGAAAGCCUUUUUUUCUUUACCACCCCUUACUCUUGCUACGUACCAUAUACUGCUCUCUGUUUGUGGCAAAAAUUCUAUUGAGAGUUGUGUGCAUUGAUCAAGAACAGCAUAUAUGGACCUAAUUCUCUUCCCCCAUAUGCAGAAUUUAAAUAUGUUAAAUGCCAAACUUAAAAUAUAAUCUCUUUAUUUGCUCAUUUCAUUGUGGGCCCAAUUCUGCAAGCCCUCCAUGAGAAGAGCUCUCAUUGAAGUCAAUGGGAACUCCUUUUACAUAGGAUUUAUAGGAUCUGGCUCUGUUCUUGCUGUCCUAAGGGAUAUUACACUAUAUCCUAUGGUUGAGGGAUGAGACAGAGAAACAGGUUGAUUAGCAAGUUAUCAGUCUUUUUUGAAUUGUCCCAGGGUACAUCUCUCUGCGGCUGGAGAUGUAAUUCACUGCUCAGGUAGAUGUAGACAAACCUAUACGUGCUAGAUUUGAUUGAGCUAGCAAGUUAAAAAUAGUAGCUGUUGGUGCUAGCAAUGGCAUGGACUAGCAUCCUGAAUACUUAUCUAGAGUCACUGAUGGGAUUGCAGUCAGGCGACUAGCCCAUGCAGCUGCCCGUGUUUCUGUGGCUACAUAGCUAUUUUUAGUGGGCUAGCUCAAUCAAAGCUGGAAACUACACCUCCAGCUGCAGUCAGGGCCGGCGCUUCCAUUAGGCAACCCGAGGUGGUCACCUAGGGCGCCAGGAU